AUGUCUCGGAACUCGUGGAAAGACUACUCGAAGAAGGGGCUCGGGUUUGGGAAAAAAGGGUUCGACAAGGCGUGGCAAGCUUUGGACAAGCUCGGGGCUCCUGUCAACCGUUUAUCAAACCGAGUAGGUGCAGAAGCAUUCUGGCCAACCACACUGGACAAAGAAAGCGAAAAAGCAGCACGCAUUCUGAGAAGCUUCUGCAAGGAUGGCUUCUACGAUAAAAUCGAUGCCGAGGCCGAGGCUGCAAAAGAGCAGGAAGCCGAGAAUGCCGCCAAUGCCGCCAAUACGAAGCAGAAGAUAGAUCGUCCUGUCGGCAAACAACGUGUCCUGGUGAAGAUUCCUUCGGAAGUCAUCAAACGAGCCAAGGGCAUUGCUAUUUUCACGACUAUGCGAACCGGCCUCUGGUUGAGCGGUGCUGGGGGCAGUGGUGUCUUGAUGGCUCGCAUACCUGAAACUGGUGAAUGGAGUGCGCCUUCUGGUAUCCUCCUGCAUACCGCCGCGUUAGGAUUCCUCGUGGGUGUCGAUAUCUACGAUUGUGUUGUUAUCAUCAACACCUACGAUGCUCUAGAAGGCUUUAAAAAGCUUCGGGCCACACUUGGCGGAGAGUUAAGCGCAACAGCCGGCCCGAUUGGUUUGGGAGGCGUUGUUGAUAGCGAAGUUCACAAACGACAAGCCCCAAUAUGGACAUACAUGAAGAGUCGCGGGCUAUACGCAGGAGUCCAAGUGGACGGCACAAUCAUCGUUGAACGUACUGAUGAAAACGCCCGCUUUUAUGGCCGAAAGGUGUCUGCACAAGAAAUCCUCGCGGGCAAUGUUACAAAUUCAUCCGACUCUCUUCGGACCCUGUUCCAGACCAUCAAAGCCGCCCAGGGUGACCAUGAUGUUGACGAAACUAACUUACCACCACCAGGAGAAGCUCCCGGCGAUGCAAUCAUUGUUAAUGAGGAUGAGACUGGGUUUGGGAUUCCUGCCACAGAUGAUCCAGACCCCUAUGGAGUGCGUGCUUUAGAAGAGCAUGGCCUUUUCAUUCGAGAGGCAGGAACCCACAACAGGCCAAGUCAUGAGGUCUUUGAAUUCCGCCCUAGUCCUUCAAGUCCUAUUUAUAACUCUUUCGUUAGACAAAGCAUUGAUUCAUCGCCGCGACAAAGCUGGCGGGCUAGCCUGCAGAAUGAUUUGCCUCCUCGUGCUCCCCCUUCAGUUAGUGCUGCAUCUUCUCGUAGUUUGGAGGAAACGCCAGUGUCGCCCGAGCAGAAUCAAUGGGAUACUCCGGACACGUCAGAUGGCCAUGAGGUUCACGAAAAAGAAGACCACCCAGAGAAAGAAGACGAUAUAGACAAGGAGGGAUUUGAAAUUCACGAUGCGAGCAACACCACGAUCACCAAGCAUGAUAUUAUUCAUGAAAAGCCAGCUACGCCGGUGGAAGAGACUUCUCCAUCUGCGAACUUCUCACGUCCGCGACUAGUCACAAUUCCUAAGCGACUUCCACCUGCACUCCCUCCUCGCAAUCCCGUACGCAAGCACGAUUCUCUUCCCACCCAAGAAUCAACUCUCCCGGCUUCACCGUCUCCCACAGUCCCCGUGCAUCCAGAUAUUCGGCGUUCUAGUGGCUCCUCGCGAGAAGGGGAUAGCCACGAUAGCCUCAAGACAACGCCUCCAGUUGUCCUCGACUCUGUUGAGAAGUCUGAACGGGAGGAAGAGCAGGCACAACACGAUGUGCACGAGGAAACGACUGUGCUGGAGAAAGACGAGUUUCAUUCACCACCUUCUUCACCGAAGCAAGAGAAGCUCGUGCUUGAGCACGAGACUCAAGUCUCGGUUACACCAAAUGCUUGA